AUGACGUCCAACAACUACUACUACGACAACAGCCAGCGUCCCCCUCCGAGCUACCACUCAACCCCCGACCCCUACGCCCAACAGGCACACAUGCCCUACCACGGCGACCAAUCUUUCUCUGCAGCGCCGAACCCGUACCGUGUUGACGGUAGCAGUGGUCAACUGCAUGGCCAGCAAACUGGACAGUCUCCGUUUGUCUCCGUUUUUGACGACAACUACGCAGUUGGCAGCACCAACAAUCUGCAACAAGGGCAUCAGGGUCAAUAUCCCGACACGGCCUACUACGGUCAAGCGGGUGUUGCCGGAGCAUCUCAUGCGCGGGGUGAUAUCCCGCUGCAAAACCGGGCUGGCAAGAAUGACGAUGUGAAUGAUCAUAUUUACGAUGCGUCUGACGCUGCAACGUCGGGGGGAGGGCGAAAGAAGAAGAAGAUUCGUGUUGGCGAACUGGGCAUGUUUGGAUCCGACAAGAACAGGAUACCCUGGGUGUGCUACGUCUUCACGGUUGUGCAGGUGGCCGUGUUUAUUGGCGAGAUCAUCAAGAAUGGACUUCUGACUGGCUCUCCAAUCAUGAUCAAGCCGCAAUUCAACCCCAUGAUCGGCCCAUCAACCCAAGUGCUCAUCAACAUGGGUGCACGAUACGUCCCGUGCAUGCACAACGUCAAGGAGAUUCAGGGCUCCAACAUUCCCGUCCUGUUCCUGUGCCCCAACGCAACCAAGAGCGACGAGUUCUGCCCCCUUUCCGAAGUCUGUGGCUUUGGCGGCGUGCCCAAUCCAACCUUCAACAACGCCGACCAGAGUCCUCAACCGAACCAGUGGUUCCGCUUCAUUGUGCCUAUUUUCCUACACGCUGGUCUCAUCCACAUUGGCUUCAACAUGCUGCUCCAGAUGACGUUGGCCAAGGAGAUGGAACAGGCGAUUGGGUCCAUCCGAUUCGUCCUCGUCUACGUCAGUGCUGGCAUAUUUGGUUUUGUCAUGGGUGGCAACUUUGCCGCGCCCGGGAUAGCGUCCACGGGAGCUUCCGGCUCGCUGUUUGGAGUUAUUGCUCUGACCCUGCUGGACCUCCUCUAUUCAUGGAGCGAGCGAAGAAACCCCGUCAAGGAUUUGAUGUUCAUAAUUCUGGACAUUGUCAUUUCCUUUGUGCUGGGACUGCUGCCCGGACUGGACAACUUUUCCCACAUUGGCGGGUUCCUGAUGGGCCUUGGACUCGGCGUCUGUCUGUUGCACUCGCCCAAUUCGCUUCGAAGAAAGAUUGGCGGCAGCGACAACACGUCCUACUCGGUCGUCAACGCGGACGGCGACGGAACCGGCCCGGGAUUCCUGAAGAGCCCAAUCGGCUUCUUCAAGGGCAGGAAGCCCCUGUGGUGGGCUUGGUGGCUUGUCCGAGCCGGCUUCCUCAUUGCCGUCAUCGUCGUAUUCAUUGUCUUGCUCAACAACUUCUACAACGGUAGUCACACUUGUUCUUGGUGCAAAUAUCUCAGCUGUCUGGUAAGUCUGCAUCUGCAUCCGUCUCCCCCUCGGCUCAACGACGUCUCGCUAAGUCUUGCCACUCAGCCCGUCAGCAACUGGUGUGACAUUGGAACGAUUCAAAAGACGACUCCGUAA